GGCGAAGAGCGCGGCUACUGGACCUGCCCUGGACCGGACACUGACAUUGCCUGUCCGGCCUUCGAGGUCGGGAUAAGCUGCGCUGACUUUGACCAGGUGUGCGCGAAUUGGUGCGGCCGUUGCCUCGACCACGACAUCACCCACCACACGCUCUGCCAGCUCGGGCACGACCCGGCCUUGGGGCGGGGCCCGACUCUCGGCGCUGGCAGCGAGUACCCACAGAACACCGUCGUCCGCCAUUGCUCCUGCGAAGGCCCGGAGCAACUCCCAGCGUCUGUCACUUGCCCGUACCAGAUCGCUUGCCCCGAGGGUUGCCGCUUUGCGCCGGGCCGCGAGCUCGUCGAUUCGUCGGAGGUCUACGUGGCUCACGACAAGCAUCACGACCGCAGCCUCCUCUUCGCGUCCACAAGUGGCUGUCCGGUGGGUUGCGCCGCGGAAUGAAUGAGGGCGCACGCCGAUGCAAGGUUGGGCUUCCAAGAAGUCUUGGUCAGACGUGCUCGUUAGGUCUGUUCCAGCCAGAUGUCCCCUGUUUUCUCUCUCCGAGGCCAGUGAGGUGAUCCAUCAAGUGGCUGUCGAUCUAGUAGGAUCUGCGAGUUCCUCGCCUAGUCGCGCGAGAGGGAGAGAGUCUGUGGGGCAGUCGUUAAUUUUUCUUUAGUUAGUAGUUAGUGAGUCG